UAAAUCUUUCUUCUUUCUUCAGGGACAAUAGUGUCAGUCAGUCUCGAAGAAAUUCUGACGCAGAUGCAGAGCAUGGAGAUGGAUCCAGAGACGGAGUUUCUUGCUUCCAAGCAAGAGACUGGAAAUGAGUGGGAACUCUUCAAGGAAAAUGUCAGGCCCUUGAAGAGAGGUCGCAACGUUAGCCUUUUGAACCACGCUCUCAAAUCCCAUACUCAUAUUCAACUCAAGAAAUCCCUCCUUGAACAGCGAAGGAGGAUGAUUGAGGCGAUUGAUGAGUAUAAAGGAGACGAUCCUCUUCACCCAUGGAUCCAGUGUAUUAAAUGGAUUCAGGAGGCAUUCCCACCUGGUGGAGACUAUUCAGGACUGGUGGUGAUAUAUGAACAAUGUGUCCGCACUUUUUGGCAUUCAGAACGCUACAAGGAUGAUCUUAGAUACCUGAAAGUGUGGCUGGAAUAUGCUGAAAACUGCCUAGAUGCAGAAGUCAUUUACAGUUUUCUGGAGGCAAAUGAAAUUGGAAAGAAGCACGCCGUGUACUACAUAGCGUAUUCAUUGAACAUGGAAUCAAAGUCUAAGAUGAAAGCUUCUAAUGACAUAUUCAACCUUGGAAUAUCUAGGAAUGCUCAACCGCUAGAAAAAUUGAAGGAUGCCUACAAGAAUUUUCUUUCACGCUCAAUGAGGAAAGUAACAGCUGCUGAGGACUCCUCUAUGGAAAGUCAUGUGCCUGUCCGAAGCUUCGGAACUCUUCUUGCCAGGGAAGAUAAUCGAAGGCGGAUCACGGAGAGUUCAGAACUUGUUAAGAAAAAGUUGAAGCCAGAUAAGGCUCAAAAGACUUCGCUUUCCAUCUAUAAUGAUACAAAAAUGGAUGUCGUUUUGGGGCAUCAACCAGAUAAGACUAGGAAAGAUUUGAAUUCCUGGCACACUCUUGGAGCUCGUGCAGAGAGAAACAAAGAGAAUAAUGCUGUACCUGGCAAAUGGACAACGUACAAGGUUCCACAGAAAUUUGUGCCCAGGGUUGGAGGAGCAACUCCAAGUGCUUGUAUUGAGGUGUUCAUUGAUGAGGACUUGACACAAUUGCCAAAGACGUCUACCGAGGGUGGUAAAUUUUCAGCCUUGCAGCUCCGAGAGGGGGAUGCUCGAGACAUCAAAAAGGAAACGGAACUAUUGAGGGCUAACCCAUUGCGCAAUUUCCCUCUGAACAGCCUCCCUAGAUGACGAAACCAUUGAUUAUGAUCAAUGUGUUAUAGAAUCAUGCAUGGAACAGCUUUUAUCUCUAAAGCCUUAUCCAAAUUGGAUUUGAUCAAAAGUAUCAUUCAAUAUCUGGAUUGCUUAGCUUGCCUUUUUUUUUUUUUUUCUGAAACAUUUGUUGAGCAAGCAUAGUUAUGCUUAUCUAUGAUGCCACUAUUUGUUUGGAUUUGUUAUGGAUGGUGGUUAAAUAUUUGUGUUGGCACUUGGCAAUGUUGAACUGUUAUUGAGUUUGUGAACGAUCUUUUUAGUCAAUAAACUUUUUGAUGAUUGCAUU